GGGUAAAAGAGAAGAGGUUGAGGUAGUAGAAAUUGAAGCUAAUAGUUCUAUGACUAUUCGAGAUUCAAGUGAAGAUGAUGAAGAAAAGAGAAAGAAAGUUGUUGAAGAGGAAGAAGAGAUUUUAGAUUUGGAUUUUGAUGAUGAAGAUUGGGUAGAUUGGCCAGUAUUUGAUUUGAAUGAUGAAAGAAUGGAGAGAAGUAGUAAAG